UCAUCACCACUUUGUUGUCUUUACUCUCUCGUCUCUUUAAUACAAUAAUCGGUCACUCGCACUGAACACAAAAUCUCUUUCACUCGAUUGCUAGGGAAGAAAGAAGGUUCGAGAAUGCCAGGACUCACAGCUCCUUCCGAUUACUCUCGAGAGCCGCCUCGCCAUCCUAGUCUUAUAAUUAAUUCUAAGGAACCGUUCAAUGCUGAGCCGCCGCGGUCGGCCUUGAUCUCAUCUUAUGUGACGCCUGUUGAUUUCUUUUAUAAGAGAAAUCACGGUCCUAUUCCAUUGGUUGAUGACAUCGACAGAUAUUAUGUUUCAAUACGUGGUUUGAUUGAAAAUCCUAAAGACCUGUUUAUGAAAGAUGUUAGGAUGCUUCCGAAAUACAAUGUCACUGCCACUUUGCAGUGUGCUGGCAACAGAAGGACAGCAAUGAGCAAAAGCAGAACAGUGAGGGGAGUAGGCUGGGAUAUCUCUGCCUUAGGAAAUGCCAUCUGGGGUGGAGUCAAAUUAGCUGAUGUUCUUGAACUGGUUGGGAUACCAAAGUAUACUAGUGUCACCAAGUCAGGUGGAAAACAUGUUGAAUUUGUAAGCAUUGACAAGUGUAAGGAGGAGAAGGGAGGCCCAUAUAAGGCAUCAAUUCCACUUAGCCAAGCCACAAAUCCUGACGCUGAUGUUUUGCUUGCAUAUGAGAUGAAUGGAGAGCCUCUUAAUAGGGAUCAUGGUUAUCCUCUGAGAGUAGUUGUGCCAGGUGUUAUAGGUGCUCGUUCUGUCAAAUGGUUGGAUGCCAUUAACAUCAUUGCAGAAGAGUGCCAGGGCUUCUUCAUGCAAAAGGACUACAAAAUGUUUCCUCCAUCUGUGAAUUGGGACAACAUCAAUUGGGAUAGCAGGAGGCCACUAAUGGAUUUCCCUGUUCAGUGUGCAAUUUGUUCUCUGGAGGAUGUGGAUAUGAUAAAGCCUGGAAAGGUUAAAAUUAGUGGAUAUGCAGUAUCAGGAGGUGGGCGUGGAAUUGAGAGAGUAGAUGUAUCUGUUGAUGGAGGCAAAAAUUGGCUCGAAGCCUCCAAAUAUCAACAAACUGGUAUGCAAUACAUUGCAGAUGGCAUGAACAGUGACAAGUGGGCAUGGGUGCUUUUUGAAGUCAUAGUUGAUGUGCUACUGAACACUCAAAUUGUUGCUAAAGCGGUGGAUUCAGCGGCGAACGUCCAACCUGAAAAUGUUGAAACCAUCUGGAACUUGAGGGGCGUGCUGAAUACUUCAUGGCAUCGGGUACAUGUUCGAGUUGGACAUUCAAAUAUGUAAAUCUGACAUUGUCGAACAAGUAAUUGAAUGGUUUCGUUGAAUUCUGGUAAUAAGUGGCCAAACUGUUUUGAUGUGCUAUGUACAAAUGUGAUGUGUUUCAGGUUGAUGAUGAUAUUUAAUGUGUUGUUUGAAUC